AUGAUUAUUAAAACGUUAGAUAUUUUCCCAGUGUCUCUCCCAUUGGUGCAGAUAGCAGGAGGGCACUGCUACCUGCUCGGGUUGACCUGCGCCAACGAGCCUCACGGCAGGUCUGUCUGGUCCAUUGGCUGUGGUCUGGGCGGCAAGCUAGGCCACGGCACAAACAAGGAUGACUCGCACGGUUCACGUCGCAAGCUCCGUCCGGCUGUGAAAGCAUGCCACGUGGCAGCAGGGGAUUACACGACGUUUGUGGUGGGGGAGGGCGGCGAGGUGUGGUCGUUUGGGAGCGCGGAGAGCGCGUGUUUGGGGCAUGGGGGCGGGUGGGAGAGGGAGGAAGAGGAGGAAGGCGAAGAGAUCGAUGAUGUUGAUCUGCACGAUAUCGUGGUGAGUAGUGUGGUGGGUGUAGGGUCAUGGGUCAUGGCUGCGGCAGCACCGGAGGCGCAACCGGGAUGUGAUGCAGCCCAGGCGGAUGUCUCUGAGCUGCUCAUUCCCCUGCUUCUCUUACCCCUCCUGCAUUCCCUCUCCCUUACACUGCCCACUUCCCCCACAUUCUCCCAGCUGCGGCAGCACCGGAGGCGCAACCGGGAUGUGAUGCAGCCCAGGCGGGUGUCUCUGCUGGAGGAGCGAGCUACCCGCUUCUCUUACCCCUCUUGCUCUUCCCUCUCCCUUACACUGCCCACUCCCCCCACAUUCUCCCAGCUGCGGCAGCACCGGAGGCGCAACCGGGAUGUGAUGCAGCCCAGGCGGGUGUCUCUACUGGAGGAGCGAGCUGCCCACCCCCCGGCUCCUCUUCCCACUGCCCCGGCUCCUCUUCCCACUGCCCCGGCUCCUAUGAAUGAUAGGGAGGAUGGGCGGCAGGGAGGAUGGGCGGCAGGGAGGUUGGGCGGCAGGGAGGAUGGGCGGCAGGGAGGAUUACGUGGGGAUUGGCAGGCCCUGUAG